AAUUGCCAUUUUCGUCUAUCGAUUCACUCGAAAUGUCAUUUCUCCAGUGUGAAGUUUGCAAUGAAGACUAUUCAGAUAUAGAUGAGGAUCAUAUUCCAAAAGUCUUAAAAUGCGGCCACUCAGUUUGCCAAAACUGUGCCACCCAACUGAUCACUGCUUUGCUGAUUAUUUGCCCAUUCUGCCGGGAAACAACUGAAAUCAGCGAUGGUGAUGACCAAAAACUGCAGAAAAACUUUGCUCUAGUGCAGGCUAUUCAAGUCAUGAAAGCUGAUUCCCCACCGAAAUGUGAAGAACAUCCGUACAAUCUUGCAGAGUUUGUAUGCGUUAAGCCAAGAUGCUCAUCAAGUAAUAAGCUGAUGUGUAAAACAUGUGAAGAGUUUGGAGUCCACCGGAACCAUAAGAAAAGCCUGCUGCUCACAGAAGCCUCCAGUUUGAGGGAAUCGCUUGGUUUCAGGAUUGAGAAGAGAGAAACUCAGAUUGAGAAACUUCAAGAGGACAUUAACACUAUUAAUUUGGCACAACUAGGCAAUAUGGAAGAUGGAGAUGAGUUCAAGGAAAAAGCGAAGAAGAUUACAUCACACUACGCAAACCUAAACCUACGGCUUUAUGAAGAAAAGGCGCAGGCAUUGGCCAAGUUGAAAACUAUCGCUCAGAAAAUCGAGAAGCCAACGAAAAAACACUGACAGCCUUGACGGAAUCUCUGGAUGAACUGAAAACGAGAAGCGAACUGGAAAAAAGUUUAUUGGAGAUGAGCAACGCCGAAAUAUUUGCGACUGAUUCUUUCUUGGAGCCAGAGGACGAGGACGAACAAGGUUUCGAAGUGGAUCCUAAAAAGUUAGAGAACACAUCUUUGACAUUUUCAAAGGCGGUGACUCCAGUCGUAACCUACAAGGAAGUGAAACAUCUCGCCCAGAGUCGAUUUUUUGAAUUCCGAACAUUUAUAAUAUUUUUAGUUUUAUACUUCUUUUAUUCACUACUAUGAAAGGUUAAUUUUUUUACAAUAGAGCAAUAUACUCUUAAGUACUCUUAAAUAAACAAAAUGUAAAACAAAACUGAUUUUUCUUAGCGCAAAC